AUGCCUUACCACGCUGCUGUUAUGUACCCCAACGAGGACGAUAUCCACUUCGACCGCGACUACUACAUGAAAUCCCACAUGCCCCUCGUUGAGAGCACCUGGAAGAAGCACGGAUUGACCAGCUGGAACGUCAUUGAAUACACCAAGGCCAUCGAUGGCUCUCCGUCCAAAUACCUGAUCGCGGCCCAGCUGGUGUGGGAGAGCGAGGAGUCUAUGCAGAAUGCCCUGAAGGAUGCGGACACCGCCAAAGUCUUUGGCGAUAUCCCCAACUUCACCAACAAGCAGCCCAUUACAUUGGCUGGCGUUGGUCUCUAA